AUGAACGACUUUCCAUAUAUUACGAUAUGUGGGUUAGCCAAUCUCUUCGACUCUCAUAAAUAUGAUGACUGGCAGCCACAUGCCGCCGCCACCGCAGUUAAGUUUGCGAACGAGUUCCUUAGCCACCGGGAAUCCGCCCAGGAUUCUGAGCCCCAAAAUUGUCUCCUGACGGCAGCUACCCUAUGGAUUAGUCAGUGUAUUGGAGUCUGGAAUCAAGUAGUAGCGUAUUCUCGAAAGAAAUACGCCUAG